AUGCGAGUUACUUCGGAAAAAAAAAGGACUAAAGUCAAAUUCAUUUGGGGUAUUCUCUCAAUUCCAAAAAAAUCAACUGGAUCAAGUAUGAGUUGUCGAUCAGAACAUAUAUGGAUAGAACCUAUAACGGGGGCUCGAAAAACAAGUAAUUUCUGCUGGGCUGUUAUCCUUUUUUUAGGUUCAUUAGGAUUCUUGUUGGUUGGAACCUCGAGUUAUCUUGGUAGAAAUUUGAUAUCUUUAUUUCCGUCUCAGGAAAUAGUUUUUUUUCCACAAGGAAUUGUGAUGUCUUUCUACGGAAUCGCGGGUCUUUUUAUUAGCUCCUAUUUAUGGUGCACAAUUUCGUGGAAUGUAGGUAGUGGUUAUGAUCGAUUUGAUAGAAAAGACGGAAUAGUGUGUAUCUUUCGUUGGGGAUUUCCUGGAAAAAAUCGUCGGGUCUUCCUCCAAUUUCUUAUAAAAGAUAUUCAGUCUGUCAGAAUAGAAGUGAAAGAAGGUAUUUAUGCUCGUCGUGUCCUUUAUAUGGAUAUCAGAGGCCAGGGAGCCAUUCCAUUGACUCGUACUGAUGAGAAUUUUACUCCACGGGAAAUGGAACAAAAAGCUGCUGAAUUGGCCUAUUUCUUGCGUGUACCAAUUGAAGUAUUUUAAGAAAUGAGCCGGAAUGCUUUCUCAGCAGGAGGGCAAAAACGCAAGAAUGCUCUUUUUCCAUAACAUAACUUAAUUGAGGUUUCUUCAGAACAUUCAUUCGAGUCAAAGCAGACAUAUAUGGAACAAGUAUAAAAAAAACUAUUUUGGGGAUCUUUUAGAUGUAUCGAUUUAGAUGUAUCGAAAUAUACAUAACUCAAUUCAAUAAAAAAAUAAGAAACAAAUCGAAAUAUCUCAUAA